AUGGACAACCGUACAUUUGUCUCCGAUUCUCUCCUUCGCUUGGCGAACGCGUCGGAUCCUACUGUCGUCGACUUCAUCCUCGCCACCGCGACAUCCGCCAAAUCGUCCUCUUCGCUCCAAGAUAAGAUAGCACCUUUUCUGGAUGCAGGUGCAGAAGAGGUUAGCUCAUUUUGUUCGGAACUCUAUAAACGGGUUGGGAAGUCUGAAACGAGCGCAAUUACUAAUGCUGGGACCGGGAGCGGGAAUCGAGAUGGGAAAACAGUUGCGGCGGGGACAGAGAAGAAGAAAUAUCGCCUUCUGGAUAUGGAUGAGGUCGAUUAUGAGGGUGUAAGUGGGACUGGGAGUUCGCUAGGGCCUAGGAGUGUUGAGACCGAGAGGAAAGACAGGGGGAGGAGGGCGCACGACAAGAGUCGGGAUGGAGAUGGGAAUAGUAAGAGUCACAGUGAUCGUUGGGAUAAGAACGAGAAUCGGAAGAGGGAACGCGAAAAUAGCCGCGACCGGCGUCGAUCGAAGAAGUUAAGACGGCGCGACGUUGACGACUUCGAAGAUAGGUGGGGCGAUGAGGAGAUUCUGGAGGAGGAAGAGCAGGAUGUUGAAGGGGAGUUUGCGGAGUCACCAUCAAAGAGAGCGAGGCUGGAAGAUGGGUCCGCGUCGCCGCGUUCUAGGGCGAGUUCGGCCGAUUUGGAUCCCGAAGAACGAAAAGAGCGCGAGCGAAAACGAGAUCUCGAGGAGCGUGAUGCAUUAGCGAAGCGGCUAGCGAGCAAAGACGACAAACGGUCGAAAAAAAUUGUGGAGGACCGAACUAAGGAUAGUGAGGCUGCAAGGCGACGAGCAUUGGCAGAUGACGCCAAAGCCAGGGAUGCCGCUAUGCCAGACCUUAGAUUGCGGUCAAGACAGGAGUAUCUCAAGAAACGAGAGACAGAACGGCUAGCUCUGCUGAGAAGACAGGUUGCGGAAGAGACGCAGGAAUUGCGCGAGAACCCGAACCUGACGCGGAGGGAGAAAGAAGAGUUUGCGCGCAAUCGUGAGGUAUUGCGCAUCGCCGAGGAACGACUACGCAUUGACGACCAUCGUGACGGCUAUAUGAUGCCAGAGGACUAUAUUACGGAGAAGGGGAAGAUUGAUCGGAAGAAGAAGGAAGAUGCUCUCUACAAGCGGUAUGUGGAGCGUGAUGAACUCGGCCAGGAGAAAUUCAUCACGGAGCAUGAGGAAUGGGAAAUGGAACAAACUGCGAAGGCCAAAGCCCAGAUCAACCGAGCUGAGUUUGUAGAUGAAGGCGAUUACGAGUAUGUCUUUGAUGAUACGCAAAGGAUCAAUUUUACCAUGGACGCACAGAUGAAGGGUACGCGCAAGCUCAUGACCCAGGAACAGCGCAUGUUACAAGAAAAGCUCGACCAGGCGGAGCAGAAGGCACAGACUAUUGAAGACACCCGCAAAAAGCUACCAAUAUACCAGUUUCGUGAUCAAAUCAUCCAAGCGGUUCACGAUCACCAGGUGCUGAUCAUCGUUGGAGAAACCGGCUCUGGAAAGACGACACAACUUCCGCAGUACCUCCAUGAAGCAGGAUAUACCAAGAACGGGAUGAAGGUUGGAUGCACGCAGCCACGACGGGUCGCAGCUAUGAGCGUGGCCGCACGCGUUGCAGAAGAAAUGGGUGUUAAGUUAGGCAACGAGGUUGGGUACUCUAUUCGAUUUGAAGACAACACAAGCGACAAAACUGUGCUCAAAUACAUGACCGACGGCAUGCUGCUGCGUGAGCUCCUUACGGAGCCGGACUUGGGACAGUAUUCGGCCCUGAUGAUUGAUGAAGCACACGAACGUACGGUUCCGACAGAUAUUGCUUGUGGCCUCUUAAAGGAUAUUGCGAAGGCACGCCCGGAUUUGAAGUUGCUGAUCUCUUCUGCAACUAUGGAUGCGCAGAAGUUCCAAAGUUAUUUUGACAAUGCGCCGAUUUUCAAUAUUCCCGGGCGCAUGUAUAAUGUCGAUAUCCACUACACGCAGCAACCGGAAGCCAAUUACCUUGCUGCCGCUAUUACGACAGUCUUUCAGAUUCACGUUUCUCAAGGGCCGGGUGACAUUCUCGUCUUCCUCACUGGCCAGGAAGAAAUCGAGGCUGCCGAGCAGAGCUUACAGGAAACUGCGAGGAAGCUGGGGAAUAAGAUACCGGAAAUGAUUAUAUGUCCAAUCUAUGCCAAUCUACCGUCCGAUCUGCAAGCCAAAAUCUUUGAGCCAACUCCCCCCAAGGCGCGGAAGGUGGUUCUGGCUACGAAUAUUGCCGAAACUAGUCUGACGAUCGAUGGGAUUGUUUAUGUGAUUGAUCCCGGCUUCGUCAAGGAGAACGUCUUCAACCCUAGAACCGGCAUGGAGAGUUUGGUAGUGACUCCCUGCUCGCGAGCAUCAGCAAACCAGCGAGCUGGGCGAGCCGGUCGAGUUGGUCCAGGAAAAUGUUUCCGCUUGUAUACGAAAUGGGCGUAUUACAACGAACUGGAAGAGAGCACUACUCCUGAGAUUCAGCGGACUAAUUUAAGCAGUGUAAUACUUAUGUUAAAGUCUUUGGGAAUUGACCAGCUCCUUGAAUUCGACUUUAUGGAUCCUCCACCGGCGGAGACCAUUAUUAGAGCAUUGGAGCAGCUAUAUGCGCUAGGAGCGCUGAACGACCGCGGAGAGCUUACCAAGAUUGGGCGGCAGAUGGCUGAAUUCCCAACAGACCCAAUGCUUGCCAAGGCAAUCUUGGCUGCCGACAAACACGGCUGCGUGGAAGAGGUUCUCUCAAUCGUCUCAAUGCUCGGUGAAGCCAGUGCACUCUUCUUCCGACCAAAGGACAAGAAGAUUCAUGCAGACAGCGCGCGCAAUCGCUUUACCGUCAAAGAUGGCGGUGACCACCUUACCCUCCUCAACAUCUGGAACCAGUGGGUGGACUCUGACUUCAGCUACGUUUGGGCGAAAGAAAACUUUCUUCAGCAGCGCAGUCUUACUCGAGCACGCGACGUGCGCGAUCAACUCGCGAAACUCUGUGAUCGCGUCGAGGUAACCGUCAGCUCUUGUGGCUCAAACAACAUCGUACCGAUCCAGAAAGCCAUUACUGCCGGGUUCUUCCCGAACGCAGCGCGUCUCCAGCGCGGCGGUGACAGCUACCGCACCAUUAAGACAGGGCAGACGGUAUACCUGCACCCGUCAAGUACGCUCUUCGAGGUGAACCCGCGGUGGGUGAUCUACUUCGAGCUGGUUCUCACAAGCAAGGAAUACAUGCGCAGCAACAUGCCUCUGCAAGCGGAAUGGCUUGUUGAGGUUGCACCGCAUUACUAUAAGAAGAAGGACCUUGAGACGCUCGGCACAGAGAAGAAGCCGAAGGGGCAGGGGGCAGUAGGGGGAAAGAGUCGUGAUUGA